AUGUUGCUUCAUCUCGUGCUUCUCCUCACCGUGACGACAGCUGGAGUCACAGGCCAGGCUGACGAGCAUACUCAAGGCAGUAUUCUGGAGAACUGGGGUGGCACGCUACAGCAGAAGACCUACAAUGGGGACUACAGGACUUUGAAUAGUAAGUUUUACUGGGUGUUUGAGUAGGAUUUGUAGUUGAAUCUUAUUACAUUGCUUACUAGUACAAGGUUGAUUGUAUAGAAGGUAUAUAGUAUUGUCUUUAGUUUUUAUUAUAUCUUCUAAUAUUACCUAUAUGGUAGGUAAAAUGAAUAUUUCGUUUUUUUUUGGCUUAUCCUGUAGCUUUUAAAAUUUAAUUUUCCAAAAAUAUUCACUAAACGACGAACUUUACUAUAGUCCUCUCCCACGACGCCCUUCCAAAGCCCUUGGCCGACGAUCUUCAGCGUCGUGGCUACAUUGGUCUUGAUCGUGUCAGAUCUCCCUACUUCAGCUAUCCACCACAAUAUCAACAGCCACAGUUCCCAACCUACAAUUAUGGUCAAUUCCAGUAUGGCAGUCAGGGAUUUCCAGGUUUUUCUAGUAUUUAUGGUCCUCGACCUGGAAAGUAG